GAACGCGCCAGCUCAUUUACUCGCGCACACUUUCACUCUCCCUUCUCUGUUUCUCCUACAAUGCGACGCACUCCUCCCACCAUCCAUUUCAUCGCCGCCACCGACACCGCCGCAGCCACCGCCACCUCAAUGUCUUCACGCCCACUUCACCGAGGACGCGGCAGAGGCUUCUCCGGCCGCCCCUACUCCGGCGACGCGCACUUACGCUCCGUCCGCGACGCCAAUUUAGGACUCCGCCGUGGCGAGGGCGGAAGCUUCCUGAACCAAACGCCGCACCAUCAGAAUCCGCCUUACAAUCCGAGGCCUCAUCCGCCGCCGCCGCCUCACCAUCAUCGGCCUCAGUUCCGUCCAUAUCCGCCUCAGUUCCGUCCGCCUCCGCCGCAGUUUCGUCCGCAUCCGAUGCAAUUUCGUCCGCCUCCGCCGUCUGAUCACCGGCCGGCGUUUCGUCCGCCGCAGCAUCUUCGGCCACGACCGCCAGAUUAUCGAGACUGGGAGCUUGCUUGGACUCCGCCGCCGCCUCCUCAUUGUGAGCGGUUUAAAGUUCUUUCCUAUAAUAUAUUGGCUGACUACCUGGCUUUGGACCACCGGACCAAACUCUAUUUUCACAUACCUCGACACAUUUUGGACUGGCAGUGGAGAAAGAGAAGCAUAAUUUUUGAGCUGGGGUUGUGGUCUGCUGAUAUCUUGUGUUUACAGGAGGUUGAUAGAUUUCAUGAGUUGGAAGAGGAGUUGAAGCCUAAGGGAUAUAGCGGCAUCUGGAAGAUGCGUACAGGUAAUCCAGUUGAUGGCUGUGCAAUCUUUUGGCGUAACUCAAGGUUCAAACUGUUAUACGAAGAAUGCAUUGAGUUUAAUAAGCUGGGACUCAGGGAUAAUGUUGCUCAACUAUGUGUACUAGAAUUCAUUAAUCAAAAUGGAUCUCUCCCAUCCAGCUUGACAGGGUCUAGUAAAGUUGUGGUUUGCAACAUUCAUGUGCUUUACAAUCCUAACAGGGGAGAAAUUAAGCUUGGCCAGGUUCGAGUGCUGCUUGAUAAGGCUAAAGCCGUUUCUAAACUCUGGAAUGAUGCCCCUGUAGCUAUCUGUGGGGAUUUUAAUUGUACUCCCAAGAGUCCAUUAUAUAACUUUAUAUCAGAACAGAAGUUAGAUCUGUCCGGAAUAGAUAGGAAUAAGGUAUCAGGACAAGCUUCUGCUACAAUUCAUGCAUCAAAGCUCUAUUAUGGUCCUAAUUCUAGUGAAAUAUCUGCUAAUGGUUCAGUUCAGGCAACAUCCACUGAAGGUGACAAAGAAGACAUUGAACAAAAUAAUUCUCGGUUGGACACGAGGGACCUGGACACUAAAUGUCACAGUUUGGAUAAUCAACAUACUCAGACUGUUUCAGAUAUGUCUGUUAACUCUUGUACAAAUGUUGAUUGUGGAAAGGAAAGUGAUGCAUAUGCAGGAAAAGAUACUCAGGAAACUUCUGUUGACCAUUCUAAGGUCUCUUGUGAAGUUGGUAGCAUAAAAGAACCUAAUCCUUCUUAUAGUGAAGGUAGGAUCCAUAUUGAUCAUGUAAAUGGUGACAUUCAUGACAUUACACCCGUGACCUUCUCAGCUCCUGAAGAAGUUCACAGUGAUGCAACUUGGCUUGGCAGCAAUGAACAUAUACCAAAUGCUGUCCCAACUUCAAAUAAAGAAUUAUUAAUUGAAGAAUCCAACUUGCAUGUGCCUGAAGGGAAUAAACAUGUGGAGUUUGACUGUGCCCCAACCUCUCUCCAGGAAGAUGAUCAAUCUUCCAAGAUGAGGAUUGAUCUUGAGUCGAUAGAUCUAGACAAUAUAGAAAUUUCUUCAACUAAACCAUCCAGCCAGACUUCAGUUUCAUGUGUAUUUGAAGAUGAAGAUAGUCCAUCUCAUGAAGAAAUUGAUAAUGACCAAAAUAACAGCUCAUCAACUUCAUAUCUAGUUGACAAAUUACAUCACUUGUCCAACAUUACCUUUCCACCAGACAUGAAAGAGAAAUCAUUCUUUGAUGAGAUGGAUAAAACCAUUAUAGGUGGUGAAAGUGAAGAUGGCAGCCGUUUUGUAUCUUCCUUGCAUAAUGCUGGAGAAGUGGCUUUUGAUCUUGGCUCAUCAAUGAAAUCAGAUCUUGAAAAGCCAUAUCAAUCUGAGGAAUUAGAUUCUGCUUCCAACAACUUGUUGCUGCCCGUAGAAAGCAUUGAAAUGGAGGAUUACUUAUCUCCAAGGCAGAUUUCUGAAUCCAUUAAUUCAGAGCAAGCUACUUAUACUCCAGCAUUGUGGACUCCUAUGGAGAUAGAAACUGCAACAGGAAAUGCAGACUGCACCUUCUUGGAGCACCCUUUACAGCUUAGGAGCACAUAUACUGAAGCUAUGGAUUGUUCAGGGACUAGAGACCCCCAUGGAGAGCCUCUGGUAACCAGUUAUAAUAGACGCUUCUUGGGAACUGUUGACUACAUUUGGCGGUCUGAAGGUCUUCAAACAACCAGAGUUCUUGCUCCGAUAUCUAAACAUGCCAUGCAAUGGACUCCGGGUUUCCCAACUAAGAAAUGGGGUAGUGAUCAUAUUGCAUUGGUUACCGAGUUGGCUUUCUUGAAAGACAGUACCGACACUAGCAACGAUGUUAAAUAGCAGUUUAUUCGAUCACCUGUGGGCUUAUGCCAUUGUUAGAUCAUCUGAUGUGGUGCCAAGGCUUGGCCAGAUUUUGACACCCUCAAGUGAAAAUGUCAAGUCACAUCCACAAUUUUCAUCGACACUCUUUCAUUUGGAUCCAAAUCCCGUUCCUUAAGUUGCCCCCCUUAAAGUUUUAUGUUUUAGGGAAGUUUAAAGGUUCUUUUGCAAAGGCUGAGACGUGUUUCUUUGUAAAUUAAAUAUUUAUUUUGAUCCUCGUGUCACUUGUGCCUCGUGUCACUCGUGUACAUUUAAUAAAAACUAGCUCAUGAUAUACAAAUCUAUAUGCUGUUUUUUUUAGCUGUUA